AUGACCUCCCAGCCGGCGAUCAUGGCGGAGGACGCAAUAGCAGGAGUGAUGCCUCUUCUCCCCGGCAUCCCGGAUGAGCUCGCCAUCUGGGAGAUCCUCAUCCGCCUCCCGCCAAAAUCCCUUCUCCGCUGCCGCGCCGUCUGUCGCGCCUGGCGCCGCGCAACCUCCAUCCGCGCCUUCCUCCUGGCUCACCAUGACCGCCAGGCCUCACUGCCCAUCGUCUGGGGUAAACUCGUCUCUGGAUCCGAGCACGGCGGUGCCCGCUACAAAGACUUCCUCGCCUUCAAUCAACGGGCCACCGACGCCCAGCUCCAGCCUGUUGCCCGGCUUGACCAGUCCUACAGUCUGCGAGCCAUAUGUGACGGCCUCCUCAUCCUCUCCAACUACAAGAGUGACACCUACUAUCGCAUCUGCUUCUCCAUCUGCAACCCGGUCACUCGUCAGAGUGCUCCCCUCCGGCAGCCGUCGGGCUUCAUAUUAUUGGGAAUGUACCUGCACCGUCCUACCGGCGAAUACCGGCUGUUACUGGGCCGGAGGACCUACGGGGUGUCGCCAAUUCUUGGAUCGGUGAUGGGUAAAGGUGAAAUUAGCUGCUAUGUCUUCGUCUUGGGCUCCGACCAGCCACCCAGGUACAUUCAGCGGCUGGAUCCAGAGUCAGGGUUGUGCUUCCUAACACCUACCCUGGUCCGUGAUAGCCUGCAUUGGUUCUCACUGCAGCACCAGAGCCAAAGCAGACGCAUAAUUGUAUUUGACACCACAGCUGAGUUGUUCAGGCAGAUGCGUGCUCCACUUCUUCCCACCAGCUCAUGUAUCUUUGAAAUGGAUGGAACCCUAGGCAUCUAUAGCCAUAAAGAUGACAUGAAAGUUGUUGAUAUAUGGGUGUUGCAAAACUACGAAGGCGAGAUCUGGGAGUGCAAGUACCGAGUUGAAUUGCCGGUCGAUGAAAUCAUUGGGCUGUUUGGAAGGAGGGAAGGCCAUUGGGAUGUGACCGCUGUGACGGCGGAUGGUGACAUCCUGUUGCUGCUCAGUCAUGGCCACUGGCUGUUUUACGUUGACAUUGACGGUAAACUGGUUGACAGUUUCCAUCGUGAUGGCCAAUACUUAUCUCCUUGUGGACUUCGACUGAAACAAACUCUUGUUCCUCAUACCUUCUUCACGGCACUAGAAGACCAUGUUGUGAAUGCUUCGCCUUUCAUCUGA